AUGGCGGCCGCGGCGCCCCAAACCCCCAACCCCGACCCCAGCGUCUUCGAGUACCCGCCGCUGCCGGAGGGCGUGGACGCGAUCCGCGUGCUCACGGUCGAGCCGGGCGGCUUCGCCGACCACGUGGUCUGCGGGCUCGUGCCGGUCGCCUUCUCGGCCAAGCCGCGGUACACGGCGCUAUCGUACACGUGGCAGGAUCCCUAUCCGCACUGGGAGAACGAGAGCGAAAAGACGCUCCCUCCCAGCCCGGCGGCCAUCGUGCUCAACGGGCGGCCGUUCGCGGUACAGCCCAACCUGUUCCUAGCGCUGGUACACCUGCGGUCGCCGAAGCACGCGCUGGCGCUGUGGGUUGACGCCGUGUGCAUCAACCAGGCCGACCCCGAGGAGCGCGACUGCCAGGUGGCCAUCAUGUCCUUCAUCUACACGCGCGCGCUGCUCGUCGCCGUGUGGCUCGGCCCCAAGGUCCACGGCGCGCAGACGGACCAGCUGCGCCGCAUGCACACCGACUGGAAGAUGGGCGAGGCGCGCCUGCUGGCCGCGUCCAUCCACGACACCGACAAGCAGCUGCUGCACUACUCGGCCGAGCCCGACGCCGCGACCGCCGACCGCAUCGCCGCCAGCGCCUACUGGACGCGCCUAUGGAUCGUGCAGGAGCUGUGCUUGCCGCAGCGGCUGGUAUUCGUGUACGGGGCCGUGCUGUGGCGGUACGAGGACCUGGCGCGCUGGGACGUGGUGCGCGAGGCCCGCAAUGCUGACCCCUCGGGCACAUGCGCGAAGACACAGCACAGCAGUGUCGGUGCCGGCCUCGCCGCCAUCGUCCAGCUCAUCGCCACGCGCGACGCGCGCCACUCGGACCGCCUGCGCCUCGAGCGCCUCGUCGAGCGCUUCGCGCGCAGCCGCUGCUCC